AUGCCAUCCCGGGUUAACCUCAAGUCCAUAUGUCAGCUCUUGCUACAGUUGCUCGUAUUCCGAGCUUCCGCUGCUGCCAAAUCUUCUUUUCCCCUCGUCGAAGAAUCGACUCUGCUAUCGUCGUCGCUUUGCCGCAGUUGCUCAAGUGGUCGUUCGGAGCUGAAUUCCAUCGUAGCUCACAACGGAAGAGGUACGGGGAUGAGAAGCGAUAGGGAGAGAUCGGGAGGACGCGGUCGUGGCGGUGGGAGAGGAGGCGGUUCUGAGAAUGACAAAAUUGAUGCUCUUGGAAGACUGUUGACACGCAUUUUGCGUCAUAUGGCUUCUGAGCUGAGUUUGAAUAUGCGGAGUGAUGGGUUCGUGAAAGUGCAGGAUUUGCUUCAGUUGAACAUGAAAACUUUUGCCAAUGUUCCAUUGAGAUCGCACUCGGUUGAUGAUAUCAGGGAGGCAGUCAGAAGGGAUAACAAGCAACGAUUCGGCCUCGUGGAGGAAAAUGGAGAGCUCUUGAUUCGUGCAAACCAAGGCCACACAGUGAAGGUAGUUGAAUCUGAAAGUCUGUUGCAACCCAUCCUUUCAGCUGAUGAGCUAGCAGGGAUGAGAAGGAACGUAAAUGUGCUCAUCUUCCUGAAUGUAAAAAAGGCUCUGGAAGAUGGAAUGAAGCUGUAUAUAUCAGAGAAUAAGGUGAUCUUGACUGAAGGUUUCGAUGGUGUUGUCCCGGUGAAGUACUUCGAGAAAAUUGAAUCAUGGCCAGCUCGACAAUCUAUCCCCAUUCCAAACCUGAGCCAAAGCUAA